AUGGCUGAAUCUGUACCUAUCCCUGAGCCUCCUGGCUACCCUCUUAUUGGAAAUCUGGGCGAAUUCACGACAAACCCGCUCUCUGAUUUGAACCGUCUAGCGGAUACAUAUGGCCCCAUUUUCAGACUACAUCUCGGAGCCAAGUCUCCUAUUUUUGUGUCCAGCAAUGCUAUGAUUAACGAGGUCUGCGAUGAGAAGCGUUUCAAGAAGACCUUGAAAUCUGUUCUCGGUGUCGUUCGAGAGGGUGUUCACGAUGGCCUCUUCACAGCUUUUGAGGACGAGCCCAAUUGGGGCAAAGCUCAUAGAAUUCUAAUUCCGGCGUUCGGUCCUUUGAGCAUAAGGAAUAUGUUCCCGGAGAUGCAUGAUAUUGCUACUCAACUGUGCAUGAAGGUCGCUCGCCACGGGCCCCAGACACCGAUAGAUGCUAGUGACAACUUCACUCGUCUAGCUCUCGACACUCUGGCUCUCUGUGCCAUGGAUUUCCGCUUCAACUCAUACUACAAGGAGGAGCUGCACCCCUUCAUUGAAGCCAUGGGUGAUUUCCUUACAGAAUCAGGAAACAGAAACAGACGCCCUGCUUUCGCCCCAAACUUCCUCUACCGCGCGGCCAACGAAAAGUUCUAUGCCGAUAUCGCUCUGAUGAAGUCCGUAGCCGACGAAGUUGUCGCGGCGCGAAAGAAGAACCCUAGUGACCGAAAGGAUUUGCUUUCUGCUAUGCUUGACGGCACGGAUCCUCAGACUGGCGAGAAGUUGUCUGACGAUAAUAUCACUAACCAGCUCAUCACUUUUCUCAUCGCCGGCCACGAGACCACUUCUGGUACACUUUCGUUCGCCAUGUAUCACCUUCUUAAGCACCCUGAAGCUUACAACAAGGUUCAGAAGGAGGUCGACGAGGUUGUUGGUCGUGGCCCCGUCACCGUGGAGCAUCUCACCAAGCUCCCAUAUAUCAGCGCCGUGUUGAGAGAGACACUCCGUAUCACCUCUCCCAUUACUGCCUUUGGCCUGGAGGCCAUCGAUGACACUUUCCUCGGCGGCAAGUAUCUCGUCAAGAAGGGCGACAUUGUCACUGCCCUUCUAUCAAGAGGACAUGUGGAUCCUGUUGUGUAUGGCAGUGAUGCCGAAGAGUUCGUUCCUGAGCGUAUGCUUGACGAUGAGUUCGCCAGGCUGACUAAGGAGUUCCCCAACUCGUGGAAGCCGUUUGGCAACGGAAAACGAGCCUGCAUUGGACGACCCUUUGCUUGGCAGGAGAGUCUGUUGGCUCUGGUGAUGCUCUUCCAGAACUUCAACUUCACGGCUAGCGAUCCAAACUAUUCUCUCGAGAUCAAGCAGACUUUGACUAUCAAGCCAGACCACUUCUUCAUCAAUGCUACUCUUAGACAUGGCAUGACUCCUACUGAGCUGGAACACGUCCUGGCAGGCAGAGGAGCCACCAGCAGUUCAUCCUCCAAUGUUAAGACUGCUAAACAUGUUGAUGCGAAGGCCGGUACUGGAAAGCUUAUGUCUAUCUACUACGGCUCCAACAGUGGUACUUGUGAGGCCCUUGCCAACAGACUUGCUUCAGAUGCUGCUGGCCAUGGCUUCAGCGCAACCACUGUCGGCCCCCUGGACCAAGCCAAGCAGAAUCUCCCAGAAGACCGUCCAGUAGUCAUAGUCACAGCCUCAUACGAAGGACAACCACCCUCCAACGCUGCCCACUUCAUCAAGUGGAUGGAAGACCUGAGCGGCAACGAGAUGGAAAAGGUUUCUUAUGCCGUCUUCGCAUGCGGACACCACGACUGGGUCGAGACCUUCCACAGAAUCCCCAAGCUCGUUGAUGCAACCUUGGAGAAGCGAGGUGGUAACCGUCUUGUUUCUAUGGGCAGUGCAGAUGCUGCUACCAGCGACAUGUUCAGUGAUUUUGAAGCUUGGGAAGAUAACGUCUUGUGGCCAGGCCUGAAGGAGAAGUACAAUGUGACCGAUGACGAGUCAAGCGGACAGAGGGGUUUGUUGGUCGAGGUUUCAACACCACGAAAGACAACCCUUCGCCAAGACGUUGAGGAGGCACUGGUUGUUUCUGAGAGGACGCUCACAAAGUCUGGCCCUGCCAAGAAGCACAUUGAGAUCCAGCUCCCAUCGGGUAUGAGCUACAAGGCCGGCGAUUACCUCGCUAUUCUCCCCUUGAACCCUAGGGCAACUGUUUCGCGGGUGUUUAGACGAUUCUCUCUAGCCUGGGACUCUUUCUUGAAGAUCCAGUCCGAUGGUCCUACUACACUGCCCACAAACAUCGCCAUCUCUGCGUUUGAUGUAUUCAGCGCCUAUGUCGAGUUGUCUCAGCCAGCAACAAAAAGGAACAUCCUGGCUCUUGCUGAAGCAACAGAGGACAAGGAUACUAUUAAGGAACUCGAGCGAUUGGCUGGUGAUGCUUAUCAAGAUGACAUCUCCCCCAAGAAGGUUUCGGUCUUGGACCUUCUGGAGAAGCACCCUGCUGUCGCCCUCCCCAUCGGCUCAUAUCUCGCCAUGCUACCUCCUAUGAGAGUCCGACAAUACUCCAUCUCUUCGUCUCCUUUCGCCGCAACUGACAAACUCACACUCACAUACUCCCUCCUCGACGCCCCAUCUCUCUCUGGACAAGGCCGCCACGUCGGUGUCGCUACUAACUUCCUCUCUCACCUUAACGUCGGCGACAAGCUACACGUCUCGGUCCGUGCUUCCAGCGCCGCCUUCCACCUUCCCAGCGACCCCGAAAAGACCCCCAUCAUCUGUGUCGCUGCCGGAACUGGCCUCGCUCCCUUCCGCGGCUUCGUCCAGGAGCGUGCUGCCAUGCUCGCCGCCGGCCGAACACUCGCUCCGGCUCUUCUCUUCUUCGGCUGCCGAGACCCAGAAAUCGACGAUCUCUACGCCGAGGAGUUCGCCCGCUGGCAGCAGAUGGGCGCCGUGGAUAUACGUCGCGCAUACUCCCGUGCCACGGAGAAGUCGGAGGGCUGCAAGUACGUCCAAGACCGUAUCUACCACGACCGAGCCGACGUCUUCGACCUGUGGGACAAUGGCGCCAAGGUAUUUAUCUGCGGAAGUCGCGAGAUCGGCAAGGCAGUUGAGGAUGUCUGUGUACGUCUUGCCAUGGAGAGAUCUGCGGAGAAGCAGGAGGGUAAGGGCGCAACUGAAGAGAAGGCACGAGCUUGGUUCGAGAAGAGCAAGAAUGAGCGUUUUGCUACUGAUGUGUUUGACUAG